ACGUCUCCGCGAGCUACUGUGCCAAUCCGCAAUACAUUUUGUCCUUGAAAUGAACUUCGGUUAGGGAGAGAUUCGGUUAUAUAUCAUAUUACUACAAUAGUUUAUUGUUGUGAAAAGAAUUCAAUUCUGGUUGAAAUAUGAGGAGCAGGAGUAAUUCUGGAGUUCGGUUAGAUUAUUACUACCGUAUCGUUCAGAAAACCAUCCUCCAACAUCAGGAUCCCAUCACUGGACUAUUACCAGCCAGUGCAGAUUACCAGCAUGCUUGGGUGCGAGACAAUGUCUACUCCAUCCUUGCAGUCUGGGGACUCUCCAUGGCUUACAAGAAAAAUGCUGACUUGGAUGAAGACCGAGCCAAGACAUAUGAGCUGGAGAUGAGCUGCGUGAAGCUGAUGAGAGCACUCCUAACCUCAAUGAUGCUGCAGAAAGAUAAAAUUGAGAAGUUUAAGUGGUCUCAAGUAAGUCUCCUGUUGACUACGGCAUCUGGUAAUAAUGGUAAUGACUAUGGCAUCUGGGAGCGCGGUGACAAGACGAACCACGGUCUGCCUGAGCUGAACGCGUCGUCCAUCGGUCUUGCCAAGGCCGCCCUCGAGGCCAUGAACGAACUCGACCUCUUCGGGGCCAGGGGAGGACCGGCCAGUGUCAUCCACGUGCUGGCUGACGAGGCACACAAGUGCCAGGCUGUUCUGCAGUCAAUGUUGCCCCGUGAGAGCAGCAGCAAGGAGGUGGACAGCGGCCUGCUGGGUGUGAUCAGCUUCCCGGCGUUUGCUGUGGACGACCCUGAGCUGAUCAAGCGCACGCGCCACACCAUCCUCAGCAAGCUCAGGGGCAAGUAUGGCUGCAAGAGGUUCCUUUGGGACGGAUACAAGACUCCCAAAGAGGACCCAAACCGUUUGUACUACGAGCCUCGAGAACUGAAGAUGUUCGAGAACAUCGAGUGUGAGUGGCCGCUGUUCAUCUGCUACCUGAUCCUGGACGCUCAGUUCCAGGGCGACAAAGCCCUCACGCAGGAGUACUGUGACCAGCUCGAUAAGAUGCUGGUGACUAGUGACGAAGGUCUACGCCUGGUGCCGGAGAUGUAUGCAGUGCCGGCGCACAAGGCGGACCUGGAGUGCAAGAAGCCAGGGUCUCAGGAGCGCGUCGUGGCCGGCAAGCUGCCCCUCAUGUGGGCGCAGUCCCUCUACAUCGUCGGCAGGCUGCUGCAUGAUAAUUUCCUGGCUUGCGGAGAACUGGAUCCCCUCAACAGACGCUUGGGCUCCGAAAAGAAACCAGACGUCGUCGUGCAGGUGGUGCUGCUGGCGGAGGACGCAGCCAUGCAGAGCAAGCUAGCAGCUGCAGACAUCCACGUGCAGACCAUUGCUGAGGUGGCGCCUAUAGAGGUGCAGCCUGCCAGGGUCCUCAGCAAGCUCUACGCUCACCUCGGUCGGAACCAGAAGCUGGGGCUGUCGGGACGGCAGAGUCUGGACGUGGGUAUCUUGUCUACCAGCAAACUGUACUGCCUCCAGGACAGAGUCUUUGCCUUCACCCCUCAGUUUUCAGACACCAGGCGCUUCUUCAUAGCGUCAGACCUGUUGCUGCUCAUCGACAUCUUCAAGACGGAGCUGAAUUUCCUGCAGGGCACCUGGAAGAACAUGCUCGGCAGACCCACGGUCGUGUUAGAGAUUAACCAAACCUUCUUAGAGGACGGCAAGGUACCAACGGCCAUGGUUGCGACGGUCAAGAAACUCAACAGCGGCUACAUUAACGGCACCAGAGUUGCGCUAGGCAAGAUGGCAGACUUCCUGAACACGUCGUGCAUGACGAGCCUCAACUUCCUGCACGACACCGAGAACGGCUACCCCGACAGUCUGAAGCCUGAAGUGAAGCAGUACCUGAGCGGGCAGAUGAGGGGCAGUCUGGCGUGGCGGCGCUCUGACCUCGUCAAGAUGAGCUCCAGCAGCAAGAUGGAAAGCAUCUCUGAGGAGGUGCCAGGAGAUCCCAGCGACUCGAGGACACCCUUGAUCCCACCCUUGGUCCCACCCUCGAACCCGUGUACCGACUCCUGUCCCACACGCGGUCCACACGUCACACACAGAAAGGAUGAACCAAUCGAGAG